AUGCCAUCCCUUUCUUCAUCGCCCGGGCCCGCGAGGCGGCGUACCGUCGCCAUCGCCCUCGCCGCCUUCACCUUCCGUUCACCAGCGCUCAUCCGCGUACGCCGCUGCACCCACCUGUGGCUGUUGCUGCGGCGGCCCGCCCUCCGCGCCCGUGGGGUCUCACCAUUGGCCUCCCCAUCUUCGCACCCGCAGGCCGUGCCUCCUCUCUCCACCAGUAACGCCCUCCUCCUCCUCCUCCCUCCUCCUCCUCGUCCUCCCUCCCCCAUCGUCCCCCCCAUUUUCGUCAUCCCACCGCCCAUUCGCCACACCCUGCCAGGCAAGCCAAAGAAGAAGGGCAUCUCAAAGAACCGCACUACCUCGCUUGAUCCGUACGGCCCUUCGUCUAGCAGGGCAGUCGCCAGUUGA